CGAAAUGUUAAAGGUUCUGCAAGUGGUGAAAUCCUGUUAUUAAAGCACGAUAUUAUCAUUUCACCAACAAAAUAAAGACUCGCUUUCAACCACAAAUUAUAGAUAUUUCUUGUUGAUGAUUAUUGCCGUAGCUGUCUAUACGCAGUUUAUGUACUCAUCUGCCUCGAAUAGCAUCAACCAAUGCGUUGUCAGUGCAAAAUCUAAAUGGAGGGCUACAACCAAGACAAUACCGCUGACUCAGGAGAACUGGCUCGUGACUGGGCCGGACUGAUCAGCGAGUGCCUCCGCAACAUCCUCUCCCGCCUCUCUUUAGAGGACCGAUGGCUGGGAGCCAUGCUUGUGUGCAAGGCGUGGCUGCAGGAAUGCAAAGAUCCGACCCUCAACUCAGUGUUAGACCUCGAGACUAACUUCGACUCGGUAACUGAGUUACCCCGAUUCUGGACCCCCGAAUUCGAGAGCAGGAUCGAUAACGUGAUAAUAUCAGUCGUCGGCUGGAGUAAUGGAUCCCUUUCCGAAAUCCGUGUUAGACACUGCUCGGAUCGCUCCCUCUCUUUGGUUGCUCGAAGGUGUCCAAAUAUUCAAGUUCUCUCUAUUAAGAGCUGUCCUCAUGUGUCUGAUAUAAUUAUGUCUGAAAUAGCUUCUGGAUGUCCCAAGCUGAAGGAGCUCGAUAUCAGCUACUGUUAUCAAAUAUCUCACGAGUCUUUGAAAACCAUUGGAUCACACUGUCCUAACUUGCAGAUUCUUAGGCGGAAUAUAAUGAAUUGGUUGGAUUCUUCCCCACACGUUGGAAUCGUCCCUAAUGAGUAUCUGAAUGCCUAUCCCAGGGAUGGGAAUUUAGAAGCUGCUGCCAUUGGAAAUUCUAUGCCUCAUCUAUUGCAACUUGAACUCCAAUUUUCCAAGUUGAUGGGAGUAGGACUUGAUCUGAUCUGUGAAGGGUGCUUGGACCUUGAGUAUAUUGAUCUAUCUGGAUGUAGGAGUGUGAGUCGUCGUGCUAUUGAAAAUGCCAAGUCCAAGCUGAAGAAGUUGGAAAUCAAAAAGCCUAACAUUUAUAUCACAAGGUCCGUUCUCCGUUGGGAAAGGCAUGAUUAUUGAAAAUUGUACGAUGAGCGAUUCCAAACAGAAUGUGUAGAAUUUGAUCCAAUUGAGAACGAAAACGUGAGGAGCUGUUCGAGGUGUCUGUUUGCAACAUCUUCUGCAUUGAGAAUCUUUAUUUUUUAGGGGGUAAUAAAACGAUUUCCUCCAAUGCUUAUAGUAACUUCAAUAAUUUUUCUUUAUAUUGUGGUUCUUGUGCUUCAUUCUUCGUGUGGGGAACAAAUUGACUUUAUUUUACAUGAUUUUACUACCAUGUAUGAUUGUAUUA